AUGCCGGACGACAUAUCCUACAAUGCGAAGGAUGGUGACAAUACGGCAAAUAAUGGGACAUCCAAAUUGGCCGCUAAUCCCAAUGAGUGUGAUGAUGACGAUGAUGAUGAGGAGGCUGAGGAUAUGGAAGCGUUCAUUCAAAGUGGAAUGCUCGACGAGGCCGAUGCGCAAACCGUGGCCAAUAGGAUCCAAAAAAACCCCGCUGCCACCUCAGACCAGGCCUCUGAUGGGGACAACGCUGAUGGCAUUCUACAAACCCGCACCUACGACCUGUACAUAACCUAUGACAAGUACUAUCAGACCGCCCGUCUCUUUCUGUACGGCUACGACGAGCAACACAAGCCUCUGUCUGACGCCGAAAUGUACGCCGACUUUAGGUAA